UUAAUUUGUUAUUUUACAAGUUGCAAGUAAAUUGUAAGAAUGGAAAUAUCUCAUAUUUUAGUUGUGUUUGCAUAUAAAUCUUUCAAUUAAUUGAUGUAAAUUCGCUUAUUUUUGAGAUUUAUAUGCAAUCAUUUCAUUAAUUAGUGAAUUGUAGUGAUGUUUUCAUUUGGAAAUACUGGAGGAAACUUCUGGGUGACAAGAAGCGGACUCCCCUCGGCCGAAAGCAAAGUGGACUCUACCAAUGGGACUCUGAAUCGAUUUUUAUUAUGGGCACGAUUUUGCAUGAACUUCCGGAAAAGCGGAAAACCCUUUUUCCGACGUACUUUUACGAUGCGAAUUCAACAGAAAUUCGAAACGGGAAAGUCGAGUUUCCGUUGGGAAUCGAUUUUGGUUGCGUCGAUAAAACUAUCAUCUUAGGCUAUUUUCAAAGCACGUCCGCCAUUACGUGUUGUUGUUGUUGCAGUUCCCGGUAAAAAAAAGUGUUUAUUUACAUUUUUUUUAUAUUGUAUUUGGUUUAUUUUGAUUUUGGUGUGUAAUUUGGGGGGGAAAAAAAGGUCGGAAAAUGUCGCUCGGUUUCGGCGAUUGGCGGGAAACGGGUUGUCUCUUUGCAUAUUAUUAUUAUUAUUUGAAAUGUCGAAAAGAGCGGCCAUGUGCAUGUCUUCGUCGGCGUCGGCGAUGAUGGCCGAAUCUUCGAUUGUUUUGUUGACUCGUGAGUUCGGGCGGCCAUGAUGGUGCGUAGACCAAUCGGAGUCCGGCGGCUGCGGCCACGUGACCGGGCCGCGCCAAUAGCGCGCGUCCGAUUUGAAAUCCCUCUCCGCCGGCCGUCCUUCUCCAGCCUUCAACUUUUGUGUACAUUCGGUUGGGUGUACUGUUGUGCUGUCAGUGUGUGUUUGAUAAAAUUCCCCCUUUUCGGCUUUCUUCCCGCACGAAUUUCAUGAGAAUAUCGCCGGACGACGACGUCUCCUCGCUGCGAUCUGCUGCGUGAAAAUAGCGACCAAUAAGAUUAGAACCUAGUGCCGUUGAAGAUGUCCGCGAUAAUGGACAUGUAUUUCAACAAUUCGGAGUCGAUGUCUCUGCAGGAGAUGCUCGAUAUUGACAUCAAAUCGGAGAUCGAUACGUUGAUUGGAGGACACAACGAUCUCUCCGGUCUGAACUUCUCUGAUCUGCCACCAUUGGAACUGGACGACGUGCACGACAUCCGAUGGUUCUCGCACAACUCCAAUUCGAGUUUCACGUUGGACUUCAACGACGAGUCGAAGAUGGUCAACCCGAACGUAGUGAUGCCGGUGAUCACGUUGGCGCAGAACAUCAGAUCACCGUCGCCGACUUUAAAGGAGAGUCAUCUGGCCUUCUCGCCGUCGGCAAUCAAAAUCUCUGGCUCCAAGCCGGAACCGGUGACGGUGAAGAAGGAUCUGCUGAAGAAACUGGACGGAGGACAGAUAGUUAUCGAGAAGCCUACGAUGGAGAAGAAGACCACAUCGACGAUGACGCCGACGACGCCCAUCAUCAAGACAAUCAACAAGGUCACUCCGAUCCUCUCGAAGACCAUCGUCAAAGCCGUGACCGGAAAGGCACCCACAUUGCUCACGUUCAGAAACACCGUCGGUAGCAGGCAGAUGAACUCUCCGGUUACGGUCGCCCAUUUGACGAAUCUGGGAACGGUCCGGACGAUAGCGGCCAACCAUCACGGCAGGAAGCAGCAAUUCGGUAAUCACAACAACAACAAUCAUCAUCACAAUAGCAGAGUGUACGAGGACGACGCGAAGAGCUUCCCCAAGCCUGCGUACUCCUACAGUUGUCUGAUCGCUAUGGCGCUGAAGAACAGCAGGUCAGGUAGUCUGCCCGUCUCGGAGAUCUACAACUUCAUGUGCAAGCAUUUUCCGUACUUCAAGACGGCGCCGAACGGCUGGAAGAACUCUGUAAGGCACAAUCUGUCCCUGAACAAGUGCUUCGAGAAGAUCGAGAAGCCGGCGCUGAACGGGGCGCAGCGCAAAGGUUGCCUGUGGGCGAUGAACCCUGCGAAGAUCAGCAAGAUGGACGAGGAGGUGCAGAAGUGGUCGAGGAAAGACCCGACUGCCAUCCGCAAAGCUAUGGUCAAUCCCGAGCAUCUCGAGUCUCUGGAGCGCGGUGAGUUGAAGUUCUCGUGCAGCUACGACGAGGACACGUUCGGCGAUUCCUGCGGGAGCGCAGACAGCGAGGGUUCAGAUUCCGAGCCUGACGUAACGGUGCCGCAGAACGAUUACAUCGAUGUGCGAGGCAUGAAGAUGACGACGCAAGUGGCGACGGUGCAGCAGAACGAGGACGACGAAGACGACGAGGAGGACGAAGAGGAGGGCGAGGAGUACGACGUCGAAGUUGCCGACUCCUCCAUGUACGACGACGACGAUAUGGAGAUCGAGAACGACCAUCAGAUUCUGCGAAUGGAGAUGGCGUUAGCGCAGAAGGAGCUCCUCGAGUACGGCAGGAACCAGGUAAACAGCACUAAGCGCAAAAAGCCUACGACGACGACGACGUAUUACAUACAAAACUAGGAGACACACAUACCCUACGAUGACUUAAUCUUAAGUAAGUUUUAGGUAAAAUUGUCCGCGCGCUUCGCCCUUUAUUCCUUCCCUUCGUUCAUGUAUUAGUUCAUCUCGUUCACGGCAUUUCGGUGCGAAGGGCGAAGCGCCAUAGUUUUUUUUUUCAUAUAUAUAUAUAUUUUUUUUAAUUAGUUUAACAAGGAAAUUAAGAUGCUGUGUAAAGUUGGUGAUAAUUUUUUUUUAUUUUUUUUUUGUAAAUAGGUAUUAAGAUAUAUCUCUCCUGCCGCCUAAAAGAUUAGUUCAGUUUUAAGCUCCAAUGAUUCUAUAACUUUAAGUAAAGCUUCAUCGGAUGGAGUAGACACAUUUAAAAGUAUAUUUCGGCAGCAAUUUUUGUUUUGUAUUUUAUUUUUAUUAAUAUUAUUAUUAUUUGUAAUUUCGAAGCUUUAGGAACAACACGAUAUGCGUUAGGAUUAGAGUGAACACAUGUGUAUAAAUUUAUCGAAUAAGUUGUAAAAAAAAAAACAAUUAUAAUAUUGAAACGCGAGAAAACACGGCGAAAAAGCAAAAAAAAAAGGGAAGCCAUCCAACAGUAUUCUGCAAUUAGUUUCCGCGCGGUGCAUCUUCCGAAUUCGAAACAUCUCCGAUGUAAUCCGCGCAUUUGUCCUCUUCAACAGGUGCGCAGAUUUCACGAACUUCUUCUCUCAUUCAUUCUACAAUUCCAAUAACAUUAUUAUGUCAAAGUGACAGUUGACUUCCAUCAAAUUGACGUUUAGUUUCUGUCAAAUUGACGUUUAGUUUCUGUCAAACUGACGUUUAGUUUCUGUCAAACUGACGUUUAGUUUCUGUCAAACUGACGUUUAGUUUCCUGUCAAACUGACGUUUAGUUUCUGUCAAACUGUCAUUUUGAAACAAUUGUAGAAUGAAUGAGAUUAUCGAUUGAUAUUUAUAUGAAAUCGAAUGAAGAUGCACCGCGCCGAAUUCGAAAAGUUCAAUUAGUUUAUUUCGGUUUUUUUUUUUUGUUUAGGAAUCAAUUAUAUUGUAUUAUAGUUUUCUUCUCUUCCGAGACACGAAAGAUGUGUGCCUUCGCUCGAAAUUCGCCGCUUUAAAAAAGAAAUUGAGAAAUUUUCGCAAAUGCGCAAACGUUCAUCAACACAAAAAUUAAAAAUUAAACGAAAUGGGACCAAAUUGAGAAAUUAAUAAAAUUGAAGGAAGAAAUUAAAGUAUAAUAUUACGAUAGAGAAUAGGAAAUAGUGAUAGUUUAACUC